AUGUUCGCGUAUCGCAAUUUUGACUUAAUCUUUACCUACCUUGGCCACGGGGUAGACAGGCUGAUCGGAUGUCGCAUUACUACGCAUCCGAUGGGCUGGUCUUGGUGGAAUCGUUGUGUGGGGAAGAAGGAUCACACAGUAGAGCAAGCCGAGAUGCGGGGCAAGAUUGGCAAAUCAGGGACAAAACGCAUACGAAUAGUGGAAGGAUCAUGCUGGCCAUGUAAAAAAAGACGGAUUAAAUGCGAUCUGACCAAGCCCUCAUGCUCAAGAUGCUCCCGCAUCGGCUCAGAGUGUAACUACAAUUCCCGGCUCAUCAAAUGGAGCACACGCCCAACAGCGACCGCUCCAGAAAUUUUCCAGGCGAUUCCCCGUGACGAGCGCCUGUCCGCUUCAUUAGCCAUCUACGAGAAAAGAGCUCUCGAUUAUUUCCACGGCCGUUUCUGGCCGCUGCUGACAACCUCAUCCCAACCAUGUACCCCACCAACCUUUGUCGCUCUCGAACACCGCGUGGUUCUUCUUGCUACCUGCGUUUUGGCCGAUUCACAUCGGGUUCUGCAGGACGGACGAAAUAGUCAACGAAAUCUGUAUCUAAAGAGGCUGGACUGUCUGGCUGCCGUUAGGGGAGAAUUGGGUUGCUGCUAUGCGGAAGAAAAUGGACCUCUCAUGACUCUUUUGUUUGCUGUCCUUCUCUUAUACUUCCUGGAUGGCUACCUUGAGUGUACUAGAGAUUUCGCAUCCACAUCCAGCCACCAUGCUGGGGUGAGAGCUAUAAUCGAGCGACUCGGCGGUAUCACCUCAGUCAUGAGAACCAGCGAGGCAUCGAUGCAGAUGCUGCUUUCCGAAUUCGCGUCCACCGAUCUUACGACCGCGAUGCUCCGAGGCACGAUUCCUCACUUUCCGCCCGAGUUCUGGGAUUCGGUUGAGCAAGGGUCGGUUUGGUGGGGACGCGACUUAUUUGGAAGGUCUUCGCUGGCCAAAGUCUUCAGAGAAAUGUCGACGAUGAUGUUCUGGCGUGAGGGCACAAUCGUCGGUGCGGAAGAAUUCUCAAUCGAGCAAAUUAGAGUCUUCGAGGCCGCGCUUAGACCUGUCUACGCCACUCUGGUUGAAGAUGACUUUCAACUCACCGGCUCCAUUCCAGAUACGCAAGACAAUGAUAGCGCAGACGUCGUUGCUUGCUACACGCUGACUAGAGCUCUGCAGCAUGCGGCUCUGAUCUAUCUGUACAGAGCAGUAUGCAACCUCCCAAUCACGCAUCCACAGGUUCAGCAACACGUUUUGUCAUGCUUGGACUGCAUCUUCGCAAUACAAAGGCCGUCCAAGAUACUCAAUUGCGUCCUGUUCCCGCUCUGCAUUGCAGGUGCUCACGCUACCUCCGCAAAGUAUCAACGAACUGUCUUGGAUCUCUUGAACCUAGUUUACGACGAAAUGCGAUUUGCGUCAGUACAUUCCAUUUCUUCUGCCCUGGAGGCUAUCUGGAAGUCCGAGGAGGACACUCUUUCAUGGGUAAAUAUGUUUGCUGGUCUGAGUGAGAACACACUUGUACUAUAA